AGAACUUCGAAGUCGUCCGUAGGGCUGUACCUCUCGUUUCUCUCUGGACCAUCUGACAAGCCUGCUGCGUGUUACCCAUGAGUUCUCGCUCAUAUAACUGAAGUUUAGAGUUGACUUUGAUUUUAGCUAUCCUCGAACGGUCUUCUUCGCUCCUCACCACUAGCGCACUGGACCAGCGAGACGCACAGGAAAGGAGGCGGUUCUGUGGGCAUUUUGUACAGCCGCGAACCUCAGAUAUACGAUUAAGAAAAUAUUAAUACCAACAGAAAUCUUGAGGAAAGAGCAGAGGGAUCACGAAUCGACAGUUCUUUGCCUAAUUUAACCGUAAACCUAUAAUAAAUACGCUUGUCCACUAAACUUUUGAUGCUUUCAAUUGCGCGCUUUAAAUGUUUUCUUAAUAAUUUCGAGCAAAAAGCUAAUUUAUGAUGACGACAAUGCAAAUUAGCGACAGUAUAGGAUAGGUUACAAAGUUACUGUUGCCACUGUCAAAUGAUCUUGUAAUCAUAUUAUUCGAUGGAACCUCAUGUUAAAGGUUUAACGGUAAUUGGGAUUAUCAUAUUACCAAUUUAACAUUUUCUUCAACUUGCAUUUGACAUACCGCACAUGUCAAAAUGCCAUGAGCAUUUUCUUUUGUGGUCGUGACUUGAUUUAUAGAUCACUUAUUUACGAAAUUCGAAGUAGACCCUGACAUUGGAGGAAUUAAAUUAUGACCUAGUCCAAGUAGGCUAAUUAUUAUUCAACGCGGAGAAGUUGAUCAUGACUUCGAUUUCAGUUGGCUAAAUCACCAACGUAGAUAUGGGAUCACUGUUAAAUAGGUGAUUUAAACUGUAUUCCGUUGUAUUUAAUAGGCCUACUUCUAUCGGUAGGCCUAUAUUGGCUAACCAUGUUAGGGAGCCCAUCAAAUAACGGCGGCAUUAGAAUGUUGGUGCCCCCGGCAACCAACGACGAAAGGCGGGUUGAAUUUGUGGCUCUUACCGCAGUUCAUAUGGAAAGGAGCGAACCAUCGACCCCGGAGCGCGCGCACCCCUCUCACCGCACCGGGCUCCUCGGUACCCCGCUGCCGGGGCGUCCUGGACCACGGGCGACCACCUCAGCCUCCAGCAAGCGCUACAGAAAGUUUCAGAACUUCUUGUACAACGUACUGGAGAGACCACGAGGAUGGGCAUUCAUCUACCAUGCGUUCAUUUUCCUGCUGGUGUUCAGCUGUCUGGUGCUGUCUGUGUUCUCCACCAUCCCAGGCAAUCAAAAGAUAGCCAACGAAGGACUCUUCAUCCUGGAGUUUGUAAUGAUCGUGGUGUUUGGUCUGGAAUACGUUGUGAGGGUUUGGGCCUCCGGCUGCUGCUGUCGCUACAGAGGAUGGCAGGGGAGACUACGCUUUGCCAGGAAACCCUUCUGCAUCAUAGACUUCAUAGUGUUUGUGGUGUCCUUGGCGGUGAUCGCAGCGGGCACCCAGGGGAACGUCUUUGCCACCUCUGCCCUGCGCAGCAUGCGGUUCCUCCAGAUCCUCCGGAUGGUACGCAUGGACAGACGAGGAGGCACCUGGAAACUACUGGGCUCUGUGGUCUACGCCCAUAGCAAGGAGCUGAUUACAGCGUGGUACAUUGGUUUCUUGGUCCUGAUCUUUGCCUCCUUCCUGGUCUACCUGGCAGAGAAAGACGUCAACACAGAGUUCAACACCUACGCAGACUCCCUCUGGUGGGGAACGAUAACUCUCACCACCAUCGGCUACGGUGACAAGACACCCCGCACCUGGUUGGGGAGACUUCUGGCUGCCGGCUUCGCUCUCCUGGGCGUGUCCUUCUUCGCCCUUCCUGCCGGUAUCCUGGGGUCAGGCUUUGCCCUGAAGGUGCAGGAGCAGCACAGACAGAAGCACUUUGAGAAGAGGAGGACUCCUGCUGCCAGCCUUAUACAGGCUGCGUGGCGUCUGUACUCUACUGAUGCUCAGCACUCCUACCUGACAGCCACAUGGUACUUCUAUGACAGCAUGCUUCCAUCCUUCAGAGAACUGACGCUACUGUUCAGUCACCUUCAGCGACGGCGUAGCGCCAAGAAGGUCCUUCACAACUCCCACCACACCCUGCUGUCUGGGCUACGGCCCUACAGCUCCCCCUACCUGUCAGGGGACAGCAGCAGCAAAAUAGGUUUUCGAGACCGGAUGCGGAUGAACAACUCUCGGUCGUCCCAGGCGAUCCGGAACAAGGCGUCUCCACUGCCUCCCGGGACGAGUUUCCGCCAGUCGCCCAGCACGGAGAAUGUCCCAGAAGCCACCAGUCCCGGGAAGGUGCAGAAGAGCUGGAGCUUCAACGACCGCACGCGGUUCCGCACCUCCCUACGGCUCAAACCCAGACCUCCUGCAGACGUGGAAGGAGUAGGGGAGGACAGUGUUGAAGACAAACCAUAUUGUGAUGUAGCCAUGGAAGAGGUGAUCCCAGCAGUGAAGACCUUGAUACGGGCUGUCAGGAUUUUGAAGUUCCUGGUGGCCAAGAGGAAGUUUAAGGAGACUCUGCGUCCGUACGACGUGAAGGACGUCAUAGAGCAGUACUCUGCUGGACACCUGGACAUGCUGGGGAGGAUCAAGAGUCUACAAACCAGAGUGGAUCAGAUAGUGGGUCGGGGAUCGUCCUACCAGGCAGAUAAUAAGAAGGUGAGGAGUGAGAAGGGAGAGAAGACCCCUCCAGAACUGGACCUUCUGGACGAGCUCAGUAUGAUGGGACGGGUCAUUAAGGUGGAGAAACAGGUGCAGUCGAUAGAGAACAAGCUGGACCUCCUUCUUAACUUCUACACCCAGUGUCUGAAGAAAGGCUCAUCCAACUUCACCCUGUCCUCCCUGUUGGAACCAGACCUGACGUCAGACUACCACAGCCCCACGGACCACCGCGACCUCUUCCCCUCUGCCAACACACUCAACAUCUCCCACUCAGAGUCCAGCAAUAUGGAGUGACUGGUAGUGUACUCACUGACUGGGGCUGGGGCUGGGGCGGGUAUGAACUGGGCCCACCACUAGACCCUCACCUCAAUGUUUUUAAGCCCUGAGAUGUCAUGUCACUAUACUGGACUGUAGCAGCACUCCUGGAACAAACCUCUAUGCCCAUAUCUAUUUGCAGUUGUAACCCUUGACCCUUCUACUGAUCACCAAACCAAUUUGAUUCCUAACUUAGAAACCUCUUUCUAGGAAUUCAGACUCCACACCUUAGAACCCAGACUUAUUAGUUCCUCCCUCCACAUAUUUAACAUCCUCUGCUUCAUAUGUUAGAGCCACCAAUAGUGGAGAAUUCAUCAUGCUAUCCUCUCUCUAUUUUAGUGCUGAGCGAUUAACUGAAAUGUUGGUUAUUGUUCACCAACGUCCGGUCAGUUAUCUGAAUUCCAUUUCAUUCUGUUUUUAUCUGUGAGCUCAGAGAUGAAUCAUAUUGGUGCGAUGUAGUAGGGAGUUGUAGUUUCCAACAGGCCAAUGGACUCUACAAGGUAUCGAAAGCUUUCCACAGGGAUGAUGGCCCAUAUUGACUCCAAUGCUUCGGUCAAUCUGGAGGCAAAAAAUAACCAUACACCUGUUUAGGCGAGGUGCUGGCUAGCGGAGUAGAACACCUGUUUAGGCGAGGUGCUGGCUAGCGGAGUAGAACACCUGUUUAGGCGAGGUGCUGGCUAGCGGAGUAGAACACCU